AUAUAUCUUUCUUGUACAGUCGUGUGUUCAAGGGUCAGUAAGUCUUGUAUGUCAAAAGAGGGGUGGCCAAGCCUCUAAAGAUACAAGUCUAACAGGUCCCCCUAGCUAUCUCCCGACGGAGUAAAAGUCGGUACCUACCAAUAGAUAAGAUUCCAGACGGGACCCCGGACCCCUUCCCCUCCAUCCUCGAACUAGGUUUUCUAGAAAUCCAAGCAAGAUGGAUUCCCCUCUGUACGCCAAGUUCGACAUAUCCGAGACAGCCUACAAAGUCGUCAAUAACCAGGAGAUCAAAGCUUAUGUCCUGACCCCGAAAAAUAUUUCUUCUGGGAAACACCCUAUUGUUGUGAAGUUCCACGGUGGAUUCUUUAUCACUGGUGCUAGCCUGUUUCCUGACUGGUAUCCACCAUGGGCAUUGGACUACUGCCUGCUUCAUUCGGCCAUCAUUGUGACUGGGGACUACCGCCUUCUUCCCGAGUCUACAGGCUUAGACAUGCGCGAGGACGUCUUGGAUUUCUGGGACUGGAUACGAAAAGAUCUCCAACCAUUCCUCAACGAUAGAAAGCCAGGAGUCGAAGCCGAUUUAACCAAGGUUAUUGUCCAUGGCGAGAGCGCUGGAGGUGCGAUCUCUCUGCUUUCUGGAUUCUGGCAGCCUUCUGGCUUCAUCAAAGCCGUUAUUUCCAUGUAUCCUUAUAUCGACCUUGCCCCCAAGCGUGAAAAGCCCAUCCUGGGAAUAGCGCCCGGUCCGGAAUCCGUUGUACAGAAUCACUUGAAAUCCAUACAGCCUGGGAAAAUCGUCACCGCUGCGUUUCCGCCCGAAAGGAUGGAUAUAACCAUUCCGCUGGCCCAGAGCGGUGACAUAGCGAAAUACUAUGGAACGGAUGAGAGGCUCAAUGCGUGGAAGUUGCUAGAGAGGGCCAGUGAUAUGCCGUAUACGUUGAUUCUUCAUGGAGAGGAGGACACUGCCGUACCAGUUGAGGGAAGCCUUCGGUGGGAAGCUGCGGCAAAGGCGAAGUUUGGCGGGGAGAAGGUCACUUUACAUGUUGAGCCUGGCAAAGAGCACGGCUUUGAUUGUGCUGUUCCAUUAGAGACUCCCUGGUUGAAGGGAUACCUAGCCAAAGUUACCGAACUCUGGCUUGGUAGAACCGAGAAAUAA